CGCCGCCCCCCUCCUGAAGCCCGUCCGCCCCCUACUCGGAGCCCUGGAUGGAGGCACCACGGCCCCAGGGCUGAGCCAGGUCAGGCCUGCCUGCACCAUCUUCGGCCUCCUUCCCUUUCCCCACCCCUUGCCCCCUCCAUGGAGAGGAACAGACCCGUUCUCCGUCCAGUCUAACCUAGGUCCCUACCAGCCCCCCUCCUCCUUCCUGUUCCCCGCCCCCUCCUCCCUCCUGGGGCGAGGGGGGCCUCCCUCCCUCUCCCCCCCCUUCUCUCUCUCUCCGAGGGGGGGGGUCCCGGGGAGGGAGGGGGGGGUCCCCGAUCAGCAUGUGGCUCCUGGCGCUGUGUCUGGUGGGGCUGGCUGGGGCUCAACGGGGGGGAGGGGGUCCCGGCGGAGGCGCCCCCGGCGGCCCGGGCCUGGGCCUUGGCAGCCUCGGGGAGGAGCGCUUCCCAGUGGUGAACACAGCCUACGGGCGAGUACGCGGAGUGCGGCGCGAGCUCAACAACGAGAUCCUGGGCCCCGUCGUGCAGUUCUUGGGCGUGCCCUACGCCACGCCGCCCCUGGGUGCCCGCCGCUUCCAGCCGCCUGAGGCGCCCGCCUCGUGGCCCGGCGUGCGCAACGCCACCACCCUGCCACCCGCCUGCCCGCAGAACCUCCACGGGGCCCUCCCGGCCAUCAUGUUACCUGUGUGGUUCACCGACAACUUGGAGGCGGCCGCCACCUAUGUUCAGAACCAGAGCGAGGACUGCCUGUACCUCAACCUCUACGUGCCCACCGAGGACGGUCCGCUCACAAAAAAACGUGACGAGGCGACGCUCAAUCCGCCAGACACAGAUAUCCGGGACUCCGGGAAGAAGCCGGUAAUGCUGUUCCUACACGGAGGCUCCUACAUGGAGGGCACUGGAAACAUGUUUGAUGGCUCAGUCCUGGCUGCCUACGGGAAUGUCAUCGUAGCCACGCUCAACUACCGUCUUGGGGUGCUAGGUUUUCUCAGCACUGGGGACCAGGCUGCAAAAGGCAACUAUGGGCUCCUGGACCAGAUCCAGGCUCUGCGGUGGCUCAGUGAAAACAUUGCCCACUUUGGGGGUGACCCUGAGCGCAUCACCAUCUUUGGGUCUGGGGCAGGGGCCUCCUGUGUCAACUUGCUGAUCCUCUCCCACCACUCAGAAGGGCUGUUCCAGAAGGCCAUUGCCCAGAGUGGCACUGCCAUUUCCAGCUGGUCUGUCAACUACCAGCCGCUCAAGUACACGCGGCUGCUGGCAGCCAAGGUGGGCUGUGACCGAGAGGACAGUGCUGAAGCUGUGGAGUGUCUACGCCGGAAGCCAUCCCGGGAACUGGUGGACCAGGAUGUGCAGCCGGCCCGCUACCAUAUUGCCUUUGGGCCUGUGGUGGAUGGCGAUGUCGUCCCCGAUGACCCUGAGAUCCUCAUGCAGCAGGGAGAAUUCUUAAACUAUGACAUGCUCAUCGGUGUCAACCAGGGAGAGGGCCUCAAGUUUGUGGAGGAUUCUGCAGAGAGUGAAGAUGGUGUGUCCGCCAGUGCUUUCGACUUCACUGUCUCCAACUUUGUGGACAAUUUGUAUGGUUACCCAGAGGGCAAGGAUGUGCUUCGGGAAACCAUCAAAUUCAUGUAUACAGACUGGGCUGACCGGGACAACGGCGAGAUGCGACGCAAGACUCUGCUGGCACUCUUUACUGACCACCAAUGGGUGGCCCCAGCUGUGGCCACUGCCAAGCUACAUGCUGAUUACCAAUCCCCUGUCUACUUUUACACCUUCUAUCACCACUGCCAGGCCGAGGGCCGGCCAGAAUGGGCAGAUGCGGCGCAUGGAGAUGAGCUGCCCUACGUAUUUGGUGUGCCUAUGGUGGGCGCCACUGACCUCUUCCCCUGCAACUUCUCCAAGAAUGAUGUCAUGCUCAGCGCAGUGGUCAUGACCUACUGGACCAACUUCGCCAAGACUGGUGACCCCAACCAGCCGGUACCCCAGGACACCAAGUUCAUCCACACCAAGCCUAACCGCUUUGAGGAAGUGGUGUGGAGCAAGUUCAACAGCAAGGAGAAGCAGUACCUACACAUCGGCUUGAAGCCUCGUGUGCGUGACAACUACCGCGCCAACAAGGUGGCCUUCUGGCUGGAGCUCGUGCCCCACCUGCACAACCUGCACACAGAGCUCUUCACCACCACCACGCGCCUGCCUCCCUAUGCCACGCGCUGGCCACCUCGCCCACCUCCGGGUGCCCCAGGCACACGUCGGCCCCCACCCCCUGCCACCCUGCCACCCGAGCCGGAGCCGGAGCCAGGCCCAAGGGCCUACGACCGCUUCCCUGGGGAUUCUCGAGACUACUCCACGGAGCUAAGUGUCACCGUGGCCGUGGGUGCCUCCCUCCUCUUCCUCAACAUCCUGGCCUUUGCCGCCCUCUACUACAAGCGGGACCGGCGGCAGGAGCUGCGGUGCCGGCGGCUCAGCCCACCCGGAGGCUCCGGGUCAGGCAUGCCCGGUGGGGGCCCCCUGCUUCCUGCUGCUGGUCGUGAGCUGCCCCCAGAAGAGGAGCUGGUUUCACUGCAGCUGAAGAGGGGUGGUGGCGUUGGGGUGGACCCUGUUGAGGCCCUGCGCCCUGCCUGCCCACCCGACUACACCCUGGCCCUGCGCCGGGCACCAGACGAUGUGCCUCUCUUGGCCCCGGGGGCCCUGACCCUGCUGCCCAGUGGCCUGGGGCCACCACCGCCACCACCACCCCCUUCUCUCCAUCCCUUUGGGCCCUUCCCUCCACCUCCCCCAGCCGCUGCCAGCCACAACAACACGCUACCCCAUCCCCACUCCACCACUCGGGUAUAGGGGGCGGCUUGGGGAGGUCCUCCUCCCCUCCCCUCCCCUCCCCAGCCCAGGCCACUCUGCAGGCAGGGAGGAGGACUUGGCAUCAGCGUUUCUCCUGUGGAGUUGUCACACAUCAUCAAUCAGCGUGAAGGUGGACAUUGGAUUCCUCACUGGGAUGCGUGUUUUUUUUCCCCCCCGUGCAGAGAGGCCCAUUCUCUUCCCUGGACCUGGGCCUUUGAACAUCUGGGGGCUGUUUUUUGCCCUCUGUUGGGACACCAGUCUUCGGUAUGUGGAAAUACGAAUUCUUUUCCCGCGUG